CCGCCACCUCCGCCGCCGCCGAUUGCACGGAACGCCGCUGCAAACCCGCCGCCGCUCGCGAUUCCGAAAAUACCAAGGCCGCCUGUGCGCCAGGGGUCGGCACGCGAACACUCACUGCCACCGCCCAAAAAUCUACCGCGUCCACCAGCUCGGGCGAGCAGUGUAGGAC